GUUUUGCCAUAGGACCACGACAAAACAUGCCGAAGUUCGUACCUCGACAGCGGAAGCACAAGGUUGUUGCGCGCCAGAAGGCGACUGCUCAGAACGAUGUGCCUGCUGAGGCCAAUCAUGAGCAGAUAUUGCCGGCGGAACAGAAAGAGCGCGAUGAGAGGCGGCGUACGAUGAAGGACGAGCUUGUGCGCGAGGCGCAAAGCAAAAUGAGCAGCAAGAAGAAAAAGCGUCUGGACAAGUACAUCGAUACUAAGCUCAAGAAGGAGGAGAAUCUUGAGCUUCUCAAGAAGCUGGCUUUACAAUCGCAUAAGGUCGACACCAGUCUCUUCCAGAGCUCCAAGAAACUAGGUAGUGGCAGCGAUACCAAGCGCGAGGCUUUGAAACGGGCACUGGCCGAGCGACGAGCUGGUGUAGACGUAGAGAAGAACGAAGGACUUCUCUUCGAGGAACACACCGUCAGAGAACCUGAGCCCGACGGCUCGGCUUCAGAGAGGGAUAUCGAGACUCAAAUUGCGCAUAGGCUGCCCCGGCAGUCGCUAAAGACCUCCACUGCUACGUCGCACAAACGUAUACGAUCGCCAUCGAGGUCGCCGGAACCCGCACUCACAGCCCUCCAACCCACUACAGCGGCGUCUGUCGGCAGCUUUGGCCUCUUUGGGGGCGGUUUGAAGCGCCCCCUCGAGUUGGAUGAGUCGGGCAAACCUAUCAUACAAGUCAGGAAACGCAGAAAGGCGAAAGGAAAGCCUAUCGUGAUCGAGGAAGAGGUGGCAUGGGAGGGUUUCGAUUCGGAUGAUCAAGCUACUGACGAAGAGGAGGUAGAAGUUGAGGGCGCAAACCCCGUAGGCUCAACUGAUGAAUCAGACAUCGAAGAGGAGGAUGGCACAGACUCUGGGUCAGACGGCUCACCAGACACAGACGAUUCAGAUGGUUCUGAAGAGGAGGAAUCGGAGGAAGACAGCGACAGCGAUAGCGAUAGUAGUCUCGAUAAAGAGGAGAGCAAAAUCGCCAGGAAAGAGAGGACGUCGGCUUUCAAAGCGUGGGCAACAACUCAAAGGAACGAACAGAUUGGCUUCGUGCCGUCAAACCAACUCGAAUACGCACUACCAGCAAAGCCUUCCAAUUUCACACCCAGAGCACCCGAGCAAGACCCUCUUCCCGCAGAGCUUGAAACGAACACCGCAACCGAUGCAACACGGAAAGCGUAUAGCGUCUCAGUCGAGAGAACACCUGAGAUUCAAGAAGCUAGGUUGCAGCUUCCGGUUGUGGCUGAGGAACAGAAGAUCAUGGAGGCAAUACACAACAACGACGUGGUAGUAGUUUGGGGAGCUACCGGUAGUGGUAAGACCACACAAGUACCACAAUUCCUCUUCGAAGCAGGUUAUGGUGCGCCGAAUGGGCCUACACCAGGCAUGAUUGGCGUCACACAACCGCGUCGAGUUGCGGCAGUCAGCAUGUCUAAGCGUGUCAGUGAUGAGCUCGGUAACCAUGGCUCGAAGGUUGCCCAUCAGAUUCGAUUCGACACCACAACGAACGCAAAAACUGCAGUCAAGUUCAUGACUGACGGUGUUCUCUUACGCGAGAUCACCCAAGACUUCAUUUUGUCGAAGUACUCUGCAAUCGUUAUUGAUGAAGCACACGAGCGCAGCGUCAAUACCGACAUUCUCAUUGGCAUGCUUAGUAGGAUCGUUGAUCUACGAGCUGAGAUGGGAAAAGAAGACUCUAAAGUCAAGCCUCUGAAGCUGGUCAUCAUGUCGGCAACUCUCCGGAUCUCUGAUUUCACUGACAACAAACGUCUUUUCAGAAGCGAGCCGCCUCCGCUGCUGAAAGCCGAAGGCCGUCAAUACACUGUCACAAAUCAUUUCGCUCGCCAGACGCAGCGGGAUUACGUUGAAGAGAUGUACCGCAAGGUUGUUCGAGGUCAUCGCAAGUUACCCCCAGGGGCCAUGCUAGUAUUUCUUACUGGCCAGAGUGAGAUCUCUCAGCUUGCAAAACGCCUCAAACAAGCCUUUCCAUCGACACAGGGCCAGGACGUCAAGACGGGCAAAGUCAGGAUUAACCCUGCGGAGACGCCUGUAGAGGCCGAGGACCUUGAAUACGGCCAAAAUGAUGUCGAUGAAGACAAUGAUGGUUCGGAUUCUGAAGACUCGAUAAUCAUGGGUCUUGACGGUGAUGAGGAGGACAAAGAGUUUGAUAUCAACGAAGAAAAGCCAGAGGAUACGGUGAUGAACGUACACGUACUACCACUUUACUCCCAGUUGCCAACCAACCAGCAAAUGCGCGUUUUCGAGCAGCCUCCAGACGGGUCAAGGCUGAUUGUUCUCGCCACCAACGUCGCGGAAACAAGUUUAACAAUACCUGGUGUCCGCUAUGUGUUCGAUUGUGGCAGGGCAAAGGAAAAGAAGUACGAUCUGGUCACUGGCGUACAGAGCUUCGAGGUUGGCUGGAUAAGCAAAGCCAGUGCCAACCAAAGAGCUGGUCGUGCUGGCCGUACUGGUCCCGGUCAUUGCUACCGCUUGUACUCGUCUGCCGUCUUCGAGCGCGAUUUCGAAGAGUAUUCAGCGCCAGAGAUCUUGCGAACGCCGCUGGAGGGAGUGGUGCUGCAGCUCAAGAGUAUGGGAGCACCUGUGGUCAACUUCCCGUUUCCCACACCCCCAGAUCGAGAGAGCCUCCAGCGUGCUGAGAGCCUUCUUUCCUGCCUCGGAGCAUUGUCGCCAGAUGGUAAAGUAACCAAGCUCGGUCACGAACUGUCUCUGUAUCCGCUUAACCCGCGCUUUGCCCGUAUGCUAGCGAUGGGUGUGGCUCAGGGGCUUACAGCUGAAACGAUUGCGCUCGUGGCUGCGCUAUCUGUACCAGAGCCGGUCAUUCCAGAGAACAAGCUGGGUCUACGAGAGCCAACGAGAGACCCUGAUGCCGUACGCACAGAGCAGGAUAAUAUCGAAGCCGAAGAACGCUCCCGCCUGCGUAAAGCUUACAACGCUGCUCUCGCGAAGCUUAGCGUAAACGCAAAGCAAAGCGAUUGCAUCAAAUACAGCAACGCCGUCUGCGCUUACGCGUACGAAAGUGACCCACAGCAUUUCUGUGAGGACAUGUUUCUCAACGCCAAAGCUAUGCACGAAGCCAGCCAGCUCCGCCAGCAGCUGACCAGCAUCGUGCGCACUCAUCGUCCAACAGCCAUUGGCACAUACCAAGCGAAGCUCCCAGCUCCAUCAGAAAAGAGCAUCAAUCUUCUGACUCAGAUAUGCGCUGCCGGAUUCAUCGACCAAGUUGCCAUGCGUGCAGAUCUCGCGCCCGUCCCACCAGAGCUACCCCGCAAGCCAAAGACAGCCAUUGAUGUUCCGUAUGUUACACUCUUUUCCUCGACGGAGACACGCAGUGAUGACCCGAACGAGAAAUACGUGUACCUGCACCCGUCGACCCUACUAGCGCGUACACCGCCAGCAAAGCUGCCGGGCUACAUCAUCUACUCACACCUCCAGCGCGCAUCUGCAUCGUCGGUCUACGGCGCGAAGACACCAAAGACGCGCAUGCACCCUCUCACGCCAGUUACACGGCCUCAGCUCAUCAACAUUGCGCUGGGCACCCCGCUGCUGCAGACUUCGAAGCCAAAGGGUAAGAUUGCGGAGUUGCCGCGUGCGAGCGGUGCGCCAGAGCGCAGGGAGUGCGAGGUUGAGAUGACACUCGUGGGCGAGAAGGGAAGCCAGGGCUGGGGGCUCGGAAUUAGGAAAGUGCUGCAGAAGAAGGAAGGGGCUGGGAAGGGGUGGGUGGUUGAGAAGGUCAUUGCCUAAGCUGCGAAGUGCACUAUCGCACGAGAGCCCGUGUUGUUGUUAUAGCUGCUUUGCAUAUACCCUUCCAACCAUGGUGGAUCUUUUCAACUCUAGCUAUGUAUUAUCCCUUGUUGAUUAAAGGCUAAGAUUGGGAGGUUAAAAUCGUGGAACCCUGUCUUGAGGGACUAUGCAGGUUAAGAGCUAUCCGCUUGAUAGC